UAUUGGUAUCUCUCUGCUUGGUACGUAGGGUUUGUAGAAGACCCUAUAAGUUGCAAACCAAAUCAAAACAGCAGGUUUUGAGUACAGCGACACUGUCACUGGUUGGUUUCUUGGCUUAUGAGACUCUACUUGAGAUGGGUCAUGGGAGGAGUAUGGUGUCAAUAAGAAGAGAAUGGUUUUCAUGGCUUCUGUGGAUUGAAUUAUUAUUCGUGAUCAUGUUUUCGCAGGUAGCAAUGGGAGAUGAAAUCGGGAUACCUGCAACAGGUUUGCUAUGUAUUAGUGAAUGCUCAACAUGUCCUACCAUCUGCUCACCUCCUCCAGCAUCUGCUUCUUUGCCACCACCACCACCACCACCUUCAUCCCCACCUCCACAACACUCGCCACCCCAAUCAAACUAUUUCCCUCAAUCACCACCACCAAAGCCACCGCCACAUUCACUAUCUUCUUAUUCGGCACCACCUCCUUCUUACUCUACUGUGUCAUCCAGACCACCCCCUUCUCCAUUAAGUUAUUUCACCAACACGCCAACAGCUCAGUCACCACCUACUAUUAAUGGACCACUAAACGACUCUUAUCCCUACUAUUACUUCUAUGCCUCUGAGGCAGCUUCGUUUUCCCUUCCAGCUAUCUUUUCCUACUUUGUUACAUCACUACUUUGCUCGAGCUUAGUGUUUCCAUUUUGGUAAUAAUGUACAUGUUGGGUUUCUAAGGGCAGCAGGUGAAAGUGUUAUACAAGCAGUACUUCUGUCAUAAUCUGGGGUAUCAUAUGUGUAUCAUGGAUCUGUUAAGAGAAGGGUAAUCCAUUGCUUUUCCAUAUUAUAAAUAUUUUUACUUCUUUGGUUUCUA